AUGAACAGUUCAGAAUUUAGCAAACGUAAAGAGGUUUUUGGGGAGGCUUUUUUUAAAAACUUCACUGUGGUCUCAUUUGGUAUAAUUAUCAAUUGUAUCAACAGCUUGCUGCUUUAUAUUUACUUCAAGAACCCCGUCUUCGCUCAGGAGCCCCGCUAUAUUCUCUACAUGCAUCUGAUCAUCAAUGACAUCAUUACACUGUCUCUCUCUGUGAUUUUGUUUGUGCUUGCUUACAUACUACCAGGCUACCCUGUUGCUGCCUGCUGCUUCAUCCUCGUCUUUGGAGGCAGUGUCUACAAGAACACACCACUAAACCUGGCCGGCAUGGCUAUUGAACGCUUUGUGGCCGUCUGCUACCCUCUACAUCAUGCACAAUUAUGCUCCAUUCGAAACACCAAAAUCUUGAUCGGCAUCAUCUGGCUGGUGGGAGCUGUGCCUGGUGUUGUGGAUAUGCUUGUGAUCGCAAUUAAACGUCCCCUCUCCUUCUUUACUUCUAACCGCAUUGGCCUCCCCCACAAUCUUUUCAAUGAUGAUCAAAACUAUUAUAUAAGUCAUGCUGUCUUCAACAUCGGCUACUUGUGUUUGGUGUGGUUGCUGCUCUUCUACACUUAUUUUAAAGUACUGUUCUCUGCUAAAGCAGCUGCUUCAGAAUCAGCUCAAGCACAGAAGGCCAGGAGAACCAUUUUACUGCAUGCAGUCCAGUUACUGUUCUGUACACUGUCCCUGUUCACAUCUUUCAUGAAUGGGGCCAUAAGUGCUCUCUUUCCUUACUACCAGUCUGUAAUCUUCUUCUGCGACUUCAUUCUCACUAGCAUUUUACCACGUCUGCUAAGCCCACUCAUAUAUGGCAUGAGGGAUCAAAAGUUUAAAAAAUACUUGAAGAGUUCACUGAUUUGUGGCUCAGACAAAAUUGCCAUCGACCCUUCUGAUUAG